UAAUUUGACAACGCGGACCAAUAGCACCACGUGUUUGGACUUACAGGAGCCAAUGAAAAAUUGACACACGAGAGAAUAACUGAAUGAUAAGUUAUUGUUGCCGGUACAUUCACGAAAGUUCAUCUGUUUAGUUGUAAUAACGAUUAAAUCAUUGUCUGGUGGCCACGUGUAAUUAUUCGUGACAUUUCUCCAGGUCAAAAUACAAAAAAUAAAAUUUUAAAACUCAAUAUACGAAUUAUUUACUCCAAUAAUAAAAAGUAACUCAUUGUAUUUACAAGCGAACAAACUUUUUAUUCAAACAGACAGUACCUGUCAAAAUAAUAGUUUUCCAUAAAAAUACUUGUUAAUGUCUUCGUGAAUUGUGAGUUUAAAAAAAAAUUUUAUCACUGAAAAUGAAGUCGUCAGUACUAAUGAGUUUCCUGGCAAGUCUGCUGUUAGCUCUCUAUGUUGAUGAUGUUGCCUCGGUUGCUGUUAUGAGUGUCGAUUUAGGUAGCGAAUGGAUGAAAGUCGCUAUCGUUUCUCCUGGUGUUCCCAUGGAGAUUGCGUUGAACAAAGAAUCCAAAAGAAAAACAGCAACGAUGAUUGCGUUUCGUGAUGAUGAAAGGGUAUUUGGCGAAGACGCACAAAUAGUUAGCGCUAAGUAUCCCAAGAAGAGUUUUUUAUAUAUCGUUGAUUUGCUUGGUAAAUCUAUAGACAAUCCGAUGGUUGAUUUGUACAGAAAAAGAUUUCCUUACUAUGAAAUAGUAGCCGAUGAGGAGCGCAACACUAUUGCGUUUAAAUUUGAUGAAAACACUUUAUAUACUCCGGAAGUACUUUUAGCUCAGAUAUUAACAAAGUCGAAAGAGUUUGCCGAGAGUUCGGCGGGACAGAAAAUAAAUGAAGCUGUCAUAACUGUUCCUGGUUACUUCAAUCAAGCUGAGAGGAGAGCGGUGAUGCAGGCUGCUGAGCUGGCUAAUUUAAAAGUUUUGCAGCUAAUAAAUGAUUAUAUGGCGGUGGCACUCAAUUAUGGAAUUUUCCAUCGCAAGGAAAUCAAUGACACCGCGCACUAUAUCAUGUUUUAUGAUAUGGGAGCCAGUUCGACGACUGCGACAGUGGUCAGCUACCAGAAUGUCAAGACCAAAGACCGGGGAUUCGUCGAGACGAGCCCGCAAGUGAGCAUUCUAGGUGUCGGAUAUGACAGGACACUUGGAGGUCUUGAAGUACAGACUAGAUUACAAAAUUAUUUAGCCAGCGAGUUUGAUAAACUCAAGAAAACUAGUAACUCGGUGUUCAAUAAUCCGCGUUCCAUGGCCAAGCUCUUCAAAGAAGCAGGUCGGGUUAAAAAUGUUCUCAGCGCAAAUGCUGAUCAUUAUGCACAAGUUGAAAGUCUGCUCGAUGACCAGGACUUUAAAUUCCUCGUCACCAGAGAAAAACUCGAGGAACUGUGCUCAGAUUUAUUUGAACGGGUCAUCCGUCCUAUUAAAAUGGCACUGGAUACCUCAGCUUUGACAAUGGAUGUAAUUUCCCAAGUGGUACUGGUUGGAGCCGGCACCAGAAUGCCGAAAAUUCAAGACAUUUUAACCGAGUUCGUAGGAACUGAUUUGUCGAAAAAUAUAAACACAGAUGAAGCUGCUGCUCUGGGUGCUGUCUACAGAGCCGCUGAUUUGAGUCAAGGUUUUAAAGUUACGAAAUUUAUUAUUAAAGAUGCGGUUAUCUUUCCUAUUCAAAUUAAUUUUGAUAAGUCCAAUGAAGAAAAGGGUAACAAACAGGUACGAAGGACAUUAUUUGGCAGAAUGAAUUCUUAUCCUCAAAAAAAAAUAAUAACUUUCAAUAAACGUAAGGGAGAUUUUUCGUUUUCUGUUAAUUACGCUGAUCUUGAUCAUCUACCAGCUCAUGAAAUUCAAGCGAUUGGAAGUUUGAAUAUAUCGAUAAUAGAACUCUCGGGAGUUGCUGAAGCACUUGAGAAACAAGCUAAGGAAGGUGCUGAGAGCAAGGGUAUCAAAGCUCACUUCCUCAUGGACGACAGCGGUCUCCUUAACCUGGUAAAUGUUGAAGCUGUUGCUGAGAAAACAAUUACUGAAGUUAAAGACGAGGGCACUUUGUCCAAGUUAGGUUCAACUAUAAGUCAACUUUUCUCUGGAGCUGAAGAAACUGAUCAGGUAGAAAAGUCUGAAGAGCCACUCAAGGAAGAAGUUAAACCCGUUCAUGAAGAACCAGAGCAGGCGACGAAAUCCGAGGAAAAAGUUAAGACUGAUAAUGAGACUAAAGCCGAGGAUAAAUCCUCAAAUCAAACAGAAACUAAAGUUGAAAAGAAGCCGACUUUGACUAUUCUUAAGGAGCCAAUAAGUGCUUCGGAAACUAAAUUUGGACCCCAAGAAUUAGUCGGCGAUAAAUUACAAGCUUCUAUUGAAACAUUACGGCUACUUGAUGAACGCGAUAUGGAAAAAGUCAAGCGAGAAACAGCGCAAAAUAACUUGGAGUCAUUUGUCAUCAAUACACUGCAGCAUCUGUUGUCUGAUGAGUACAAGCAGGCGUCGACACCCAAAGAAAUUGAAGAAAUAACAAAACUAUGCCAGGAGACGUCCGAUUGGCUCUACGAAGACGGCUUUGACGCAACAGCAGAAUUGUACGAACAAAAAUUAGUUGAAUUGAAAGAAAAAACCGCCGGGAUUUACGAACGCGUUUUCGAACAUCGCGAGCGCCCUGAUGUACUCGCGGGCAUGCGGUCGAUGUUGAAUGCCAGCAAUGUGUUUCUGAGUAACAUGAAAAAUAUCCAGGGUGCUGAUCAAAUAUUCACGCAAGUGGAAACUGAGAAAUUAGAAAAAAUGAUUAAUGAAACUCAGGAGUACCAUGACUUGGUUGUUAAAACAACGAGCGAAACUCCCCUGUACGAGCCGAUAAAAUACUCAGUCCGCGACAUUGCCAAUAAAAUGGCUCUGCUUGACCGCGAAGUAAAGUAUCUAGUGAACAAGGCUAAGAUAUGGAAACCCAAGCAGGAGACCGGGAACCAGACUGAGAAAGCCGAGGAAAAACCAAAAGCAAGUGAAUCCACUGAUUCCGCGCCAAACACCACGGACAGUGAUGAGGAAGUGACGUUCGAUACCGAAGACAUCGAGAGCAAACCAGCGGAAGAGCCAACUGCUGACUCCGCGCCUCUACCCUCAGAUUCUACUGCAGAAAAACCUGAAAGUAAAGAAGAUAAACAUCAAGAACUUUAAAACGCGUGUAUUUUAGAAAAAAAUUUCUUCAUAUUUAAUAAUAAUAAUUGUUUUUUUUCCUCUAUUGGUUACAUUGCCGAGAAAUGAAAAAAAAUUUAUCAUCAUUCAAAAACUUUUACAUUUAUCUAGAACUUAUAAUAUAUAUAUAUGCGGUAAGCGAUUUCUUUUUCUUUUUUUUAUAAAUACGCCUGCACAAGUCCGCGUAAAUGCAAAUCAUGUACAGUAUUGAUUACAAUUAUAUAAAUUACCAUCGACAAAUUUUCCAUUAAAAGAUUCAUACAAAUUUAA